GAUGGAUCGUAGUAAGAAACGCGGUUCAGGCAUAAAAAACCGUUUCUUUUGAAUGUACCAGUGCAUGAAGGAUGAAGGACCAACAACACGAACAAGAAGAGCAAUUGAAGGAAGUAAUGUACCUGAAACCAGGUUAUCAAGAAGAACCGUGCAGUUUGCAGUACUAUUUUGAUCAAAUGGCAAUGUGUUUGACGAUUUCCUCGCAGAUUCGACACUAUUACCGUUAUGGAGACUACAAUAAAUGUAAGGGAGCAUUCACGGAUUUUAAAUGGUGUUUGUCUACAAAAUCCAAAAGUCCAGAAGAACAACAGGAAAUGCUGCAACAGCGUCGACUAGAUCAAUGGCUAAAAUUACGGGAAGGACCAAAUAGUGAAGAUAUUUGGAAUGUGCGGACUCAACCAAAGGAUUAGUUAUUCCAGGGCACCGUUUCUACGAAGAUACUGUCUAUCAAGUUCACAGCCGGUUUUUUGUAUAUGGUUUCAACAUAUCUAUUUAGGUGAGGAAAAAUUUAUGUAGAUGUAAUUGCAUGUGAAAUACUCUGUGGCUCUCCUUUCAAGGUGAUCGACAGUCAUUCUUGGGGGUCGAGUAUUGAAUGGAUUAAAAGCAGAAAAAUUAUGGUAAAGAGUGAUUCAUCAUUAGGAAUGGAAGAGCUGAUAGGUUGGAAAGAACUCGGCAAGAACAU